GAGUUUCGCCGGGUCGGGAGUCGGACCGGGGGGCCUUGGCGACGCAGCUGCACUGCGCCUGCGCGGAGCUUGCCGCAUGCGCAGUAGCUGCGGUAGGGUUGUCCUCCGGCCCCUGACGUCCCGUGGUCUGGGUGACAGCGGUACUGGACGCCUCGAGGGACCUGUUGCUUAAUAACGCGGUUUUUUUUUUUUGUUUUUUUUUUUUGGGAGGGGUGUUAUCCCUCAGUGUCUUUCGACUAACUCUGUUUUCCAGGCCUGUUCAGCGUAAGGCUGACCAUGGCUUCCGGUCCCACCGUGCUGAUGCGGUUGGUAGCCUCCGCAUAUUCCAUAGCUCAGAAGGCAGGAACCAUCGUCAGACGUGUGAUCGCCGAAGGGGACCUGGGAAUCGUGGAGAAGACCAGUCCAACGGACCUGCAGACCAAAGCCGACCGAAUGGCACAGAUGAGCAUCUGCUCCUCCCUGGCCCGGAAAUUUCCCAAACUCACAAUCAUAGGAGAAGAGGUGAGAGUUGGCAGGGAUAUGGACCUGCCGUCCGAGGACGUGGAUCAGGAGCUGAUCGAGGACGGCCAGUGGGAAGAAAUCCUCAGGAAGCCAUGCCCGGCCCAGUACAGCGCCAUUAAAGAGGAAGAUCUCGUGGUCUGGGUUGAUCCUCUGGAUGGCACCAAGGAGUACACGGAAGGUCUUCUUGACAAUGUAACCGUUCUUAUUGGAAUUGCUUAUGAAGGGAAAGCCAUAGCAGGAGUUAUUAACCAGCCUUAUUACAACUACCAGACCAGUGACAAGCAGAAGUUGAGGGAGCACAGAAAGGAAGCCAAGGCAGGGCCUGGUGCUGCGCUGGGGAGGACAAUCUGGGGAAUUCUGGGCUUGGGUGCCUUCGGGUUCCAGCUGAAGGAAGUGCCUGCCGGGAAGCACAUCAUCACCACCACCCGGUCCCACAGCAACAAGCUGGUCACCGACUGCGUCACUGCCAUGAACCCUGAUGACGUGCUGCGUGUGGGCGGGGCGGGAAAUAAGAUCAUUCAGCUGAUUGAAGGCAAAGCUUCCGCCUAUGUGUUUGCUAGUCCUGGCUGUAAGAAGUGGGACACUUGUGCUCCGGAAGUUAUCCUACACGCUGUGGGAGGCAAGUUAACCGACGUCCAUGGCAAUGCCCUUCAGUACGACAAAGAAGUGAAGCACAUGAACUCCGCUGGGGUCCUGGCCUCGCUGAGGAACCAUGACUACUAUGCCAGCCGCGUUCCCGAAUCGGUUAAAAACGCACUCGUUCCUUAAGGCACAUCUCGUUGCCUUAGCUAGGGGGACAGCUGCAGGAGGAGAGAGAGGAGAGAGGACUGCGUUCCCGAAGUCUCAGCCUUGGAUGAAGAUGUCCUAGAAGUUGAUCCUGACACUAAGGAAAUGCUGACACCCUUGGACUUGGGCAGUCUGUCCAGCCUGCAGGUCACUCAGCUGACCAUUGGGAUGAAUUUCAAGACAUCACGUGGAGCCGUUGGACUCUGCUGUGCUGCAAUAUUAUCAAUAAACCAAUUAUCAGAGCUCCACCUUUACUUUAUUCUGCAUUGAUCAGUGAUCUGUUUUUAGGUACUUAGUAGAAAAUAGAUUUUAAGAACUUGGAUGAUUAAUUCAUCAACCAGACCAAUUUUAGCAUCUGGAGAAUCUAUAAAGUCUGUGACAUUUCCGUCCCUCCUUUUAUUGGGAGAAAAGUUUAGUUCCAACUGACUAUCCUAGUCAGUUGUUUAAUCAACAUUCCUAUUGUAUGAACCAGAUUUUUUAGGGCACAGAAGCACAAGCUGUUACCUGAAUCUCAUUCUUCUUUUCAUAGUGAUUUUUAAAAAUUUUCCAGUUACGAAUAUACUAAAAUAUAAUGUAUGUUGGUAAAACAGAUUUAUGGAAAAAUGGCUUCUUUAUAAUAAAUUAUUUCAUUCUAA